UCUAUGGAGUGGACGGACGGAGUUUACUGAUUUUUUCUAAUUUGACGGCGUUUUAACUUUAAUACAUCGUUUUAAACCCUCAAGAGGAAUUUUUUAUUCACAAUAGUCAAUUAAAGAGAUCAAAAUGGCGUCGGAAAAUUAUCCCAAGAAGAUGCUAGAUGGGUGGUACUGCCGCUCUAUAGCGAAUAUGCAGGCUAGUGAAGCUGCCAGCGUGAGCAGCAACACUCCUGCAGAGUCCACUCACGCUCGGGACUCAAACAACUAUACAAGUGACAGCAGCAGUGAACCUGAGCCUGAACCUAAUUUUAGAAUUCAAUAUCUUAAUCUCAAGAAGAAGCUGAAGUAUCUGAUUUAUGAAAAUGAAUGUUUUCAAGAUGCUCUUAGGUCCAGCCAGAAAAGAAUGCUCAAAGUAUCUAGAGACAGAAGUUUUUUGCUGGACAGACUCUUGCAGUAUGAAAAACCUGAGAGUACCACAUCUGAGAGUGAUGAUACAGAGUCAUCAGAUGACACAGAAUACAAUCGCAUGGAAGCUAUAAAACGAAAAAAAAUUGAAGCCAGUGCAGCCCAUCAAAAUGUUUCUGCACCAUCAACCCUCAACAAGGGGCCCAGUGCUGUAAAAAGGAAGAGAGCAGUAGUAGCUAAAAAACCUCAGAAUGCCAGUAAUGUUCAUCUAAAUGCCGGAGCAAUGAUGGCGAAAGCGUCACCUGCUCUCGGGUUCGGAUUAUCAGCGGGAGACGGCCACAUGACGCCCGAAGAGGUUGAGCGCCACUUGCAGUCACGGCAGUCUUACCUGGAGCUCCUGCCUGAGAGGGCGCCGCCGACCGUGCCCACUGAGAUGUUCAGCAAUGAUCCGUCACUGGAUAGUGAAUCAAAUGACGUGUUGGAAAAUUCACCAAAUGUAGAAGAAUGGUUUGAUUAGCAUUUCCUCACUAAUUUAAUGUUAUUAGGAUUAUCGUUUAAUUUUAUUAGUUUGUGUAUGUAUAAGUUUACACUAGUACAAGUA